GAUUUGGUGAGGUGCUGUUUUCCUUCAGCCAGAGGGGAGGGGACAGUGAAGGACUGUAUAAAUGGAGGGAAGGACCGUGGCAGCCGAAGGACAGACUGUACUGGACAUCCAGAGUGAAAACAGUGGAUCAUUGAGGAUAAAAGCCAAACUACUGAACUGACGAGACUUUUCCCUGACUGGUGAGUCGAAUUAAAUGCUAUUUCUAUCCCUCAAACUUUAGAUUUGAAUGCCUCUUUCUCACACUGAACAAGUCUUAAAUCCUAAAAAACUACAAAGUGUGAGCACGUUGGGAGACAGGGCUACUUCUAAUCUGUCACAUUAGGGGGGCAACUUAAGCAAAAUAGGUAGCUAAGAGGUCAAGAAAUCAGGUAAGAAAUUCCAAUCUCUUAUACCCACUCUGCGGGGUUCACUUAAAUAUAGGAACAAGUUCUUAGAGGGGGCUGUAGAGGUCCUAAUACUUAAUGCCCUCCUUUCUGACUGAUUAUAUGCAUAAUAUUAUACUUUUUGUGUUGUGUACAGUGUACAUACUUGUAUAUUAUCUCUUUAUUUUUACUUGUUUUAUUUAUUUAUUUAUCUCUUUUUUUUUUAAAUUUAUUUUUUACUUAUUUUGUCAAUUAUGUAUCUCCUCUUUCUACUUUAUUUGCACUGGAGUUACUGUAGUGAAAAGCAAUUUCCCCCUGGGGAUUAUUAAAGUAUUUCUGAUUCUGAUUCUGGUGAAUAGGGGUGGAAAUUUAACUGUGCGAAAGCAAAAAAAAAAGGACUAAUUAAGCGUGCUUCUUGUAUUAUUUUAUGUGUGGACACCAAAAGUGAGUAGCUCAAAUCCCAUCAGAUAUCAUGUUACUGAAAAUGAACUAUGAGGGUACCGAACUAAAUCUCUAAAAACUGACAUAACAGCAAAGCACACAUGAUAAAAUUACAGAUUUCAUUUUCAUUUUAGAGAGACAGGGCCUGUAUGCAUAUGGGCAGAGGUGCAGAGGUGUAUUUACGUCGCGCCAAUUCACAACAGUCGUCAUCCCAAGACGCUUUCCAAAGAAAAAGAGCAGGUCUAAACCACGCUCAUUGUUUGAUGAAUUAUCAAGUGCCAACCAUAAGAUGGGACAGAUUUAACCCAUUUCAUCUAACAUGAGUGACUGUGGCAAGGAAAAACUUGUGUUAUUUAUGUUAAUGAAACCCUUGUCUCCCUAAAAGACAAAUGGCUGUGUCAUGCAAACAUUGUCCACAAAUUAAAGGGUUACAAUGACUGUAUAUUUGAACAUUUCCAAUCAAAUUUAUGAUUUUUUUCUUUUUUUUUCAUUGUGAAAUUUUUUGACACUUGACUUUAAAGAUUGGCUUUCUUUUCAUGUGUCCCUUUUUUAAAAAUCUUGUUUUGUUUUUCCAGGGUCAUAAUGGUGUCAGAAAAGAAGACAACGGCAGAGCAGAUGACUGGCAGGUAAGAAUGAGAAGCUGUGAUUUAUUCUCUCUCCAAAUCAAACUAAGUCGUCCACAUUUCACCUCUAGAAUGAUAUUAAUCCAUGACUUUGUCCAAAUUAAAUCAAUUUAAAUUUUAAAAAAUGGUAACGCUUUCUUUUACGGUACUCUUAUUACCAGGUAAUUAACAGGUAAUUACAUGAAAUUAUCUGGUAAUUACAUGAUAACUACUAAGUCAAUACUGUCUAGUUUUUCUUUUUUCUGUGCAGCUCCAUUUUCAAAAGCUAUUUGAGGUUCUUAUUUUCUAUGAUUGACACUUGAUACAGCCUAUGGGCGUGCGAAGAUUGUGUAGCGAUACGCUGUUUGAGCCGAGCAUUAUCACAGCGACUCACCUGCUGAAUGCGUACAAUGUUACGGCGCAAGUGGUGGUUUCAGGAAGUGGAGAAAAUCCUGGAAAUACCAGAGCAAUUCGGCUUCAAAUUUGUUUGAUGAUGAAAGGUUACCUACCUGGUAGCGAGACAUUAUUGACUAUGUAACAACAUGUAAUUACUAGAUAAUUUCAUGUUGUUACUAGGUAAUUACCUGUUAAUUACCUGGUAAUAAGUGUACUGUAAAAGAAAGCGUUACGAAAAAAAUAUAUUACACUGGGUUGUAAAGAUAACAUCUGCAUCAGUGCAGCAGCAUCCAAAAGUGGGUCUUUAGUACAACAUGUGCUGCUUCCUGACAGUUUUAUCAGCUGUGGGUUCAGUAGUUCACGCCUUGUAUUUACAUAAUAUAUAGACUGAACUUUGGAGCCACUUUUUCUUUAUGUUUACCCUGAGCAUUGGUCUGCUUUUAAUGCAACCAAACAGAUGCGGCUGUAUUGAUUUUAAAUUUGUUGUUGUUGAUUUUGCAGGGAUCUGUCAGAAUUAAUCAAAGAUGUGACAAAGGAUAGUCACACCAGGGCGGAAAACACAGAGCUGAUGCUCUGCUUCCAGAAAGCAAAUGUCAGCCUGACACAGUACAAGGUAAAAAGUAAAAAAAAAAAAAAAAAUUCUAGUCUAAACAUUUUAAGUGGAUUUUGGUUGGAAAGUAAAUCUCAUGCCUCAUUGUACGGCUUGAAUUCUGCCGUCUGCUGUGAUCAUUUCGUCUGACGAUAGCUCUCCCUUUUUCUUCAGCUCCUUCUGUGCUCCCUGUACAAGAUCUACGAGGCUUUAGAAGAAGCACUGGACAGGAACUCCAACCACCCUGGUGUUGCACCCAUUUACUUCCCAGCUGAACUGGCCAGAUUGAAGACUCUGGAGAACGACCUCGAGUUUUUCUACGGCAAGGACUGGAGAGAGAAGGUUGUUGUUCCUACAGCCACAAAAAGAUACUGCCACAGACUCAGACAGGUGAGUUCAAGUGUCACAAGUUCAACACACACAAAUACUGCUGUUCUCAUCUGCAACAAAACUCCUUAUACCUGUUUUUUUGUUGUUUUUUUUAGAUUGGUAAAGAAAACCCUGAGUUUCUUAUUGCCCAUGCCUACACACGAUACCUCGGUGAUCUGUCUGGAGGGCAGGUCUUGGGUCGAAUAGCCCAGAAGUCUUUGGGUCUGAAAAGCAGUGAGGGUCUGUCCUUUUUCGUCUUCCCUGGAGUGACCAGUCCAAACCUCUUCAAACAGCUGUACCGCAGCAGGAUGAACAGUGUGGAGCUGACAGAGGAGGGGAAGAACGGCGUGCUGGAGGAGGCCGUCAGAGCCUUUGAGCUUAAUAUUCAGGUACAGAGUGAUGAUGGAGAAACCUCUCACAGUAAUAUGCUGCUUACAGGACAGUUGGACAUCAGACUUUUGGACAUUUGUCUGUGCACUUUUUGAUGGUAUUGUUGUCAUGUUUUUUUUUUACAGGUCUUCGAUGAUUUACAGAAGAUGGUUGUCUCUGAAAACACUCAGCAAAAAAAUUCAACACUCUCCUCACUUGAGAACAGACAGCAGAUCUACGCGAGCAUGGUGAAAACCAGCCCACUGCUCAGGAUGGUCCUGGGACUUUUUGUGGCUCUGGCCACAGUCAGUAUGGGAAUUUAUGCGCUGUAGAGAAGAUGUGAAGCAAGAGAAGACAUGAGAUGUUGGUCUGUUGCUUUUCAGUCUUGAAAAAGUUUUUGUACUGUGAAACUAAUGCAGACCUGUUGAUAAUUUUUAAGGUGUUAAGUCUGUAAAUAUGGAAUAAAAAUGUAAAACUUUUUUAAUAUCACUGAGAAUGAUAACUUUUUUUCUGUUAAUGAAGCUUGUUAUGUUUUUUUAAUCAUGUCCAACACUAUGACCAGUAUACAUUUUAAAUGUCUGUUUUAAUACUGUAAAUACAGAACUUGUUUUUUUAAAUAAAAUCUUUAUUGAAAAAUGUAA